AUGCCGGAUAAAUAUGCGCCCGAUCAGCAGUCACCGGUCGAAGUGUCCGAUCUAACGGAACCGAAGUCGUUUUAUUCGGAGACAGAAUUGGCCGAGGCGAUAGAUCCGUUCCGUGAAUGGCACCCUUAUUUCAUGAAGAACCUUUACAAUCCAAAAUGGCGUUGGAUUGACGAUAUCUUUAAUUGGAUCCAAAUACAUUUUUACGUUAGACGAGAGCAGGUGAAAAGACAUAUGCAACAACCAAGCAGAAAUUGCUUUCAGGCCUUAGGCAAGAAACGUCGAGUCGGGAUUCCAGGCGAACGAGAGCAUUGGCUUGCCUACUGGACAGUGUUUUCAUUCUUCACUCUUCAAGAUUACUAUUCCGGAUGGCUAACAGCCAAUUUUCCACCAUUCUACUUGCUUAAGAUGCUCUUUCUUGUUUUACUGGCGCUUCCAACAUCAGGAGUCUCGGAAAAAUGUUAUUAUCGUUUCGUGUGUCCGCUUCUUUCGAAAUUAGACGAUACAUUCAACAAGUAUAAUGUUGAGAUCAUUAUUAUUGGAGCACUUUGCGGUGGUAUACUGUUGGUGACUGCAUUUAUAAUACUGUUUUUAACAAGACCAUCUUAUGAACCUGAACCAUUAGAGAGCAUUGUUGAAGUGAGGAGUGUUCCUCCACGUAGUCGACGCCAGAAAGCGGAACGAAGCCAUCCCAAGAAAAGAGAAUCAUCGGAGAAGAAAUCAGAUAAAUCUGAAGAAAUUCGCAUGGACAAAACGCAAUGGGAUGCCGAAGAGGAAGUUGGUUUACUCGCAAAGAAGAAGGUGCCAUCCGAAGAAGUGAUAAAAACGGCUAGGAGUAGACAGGUACCUGCUGCGCAAGUUAUCAGUGAGCCACUUACAACACCGGCCGACGAGAAAACUCCACCGGCUCGAGCACGCGUCAUUCGUGCAAAAACUGUUCAUGGCGGAAGUGUGGAUAGUCAACUUAUUAAAGAGCCAUCAAAAGAUAGAUUCGUAACUGAAGUGAAACUAGUGAAGAGUAAAACAAAAGAGGAAGAUGCAGGUACUGGGAAAGAGACCGAGAAGAGUUCGGCAGAAGGAUCAUCGAAGGAGGAAUCAGAAGAGACAUCCUCUAAGGCAGCCUCUUCAAAGACGGAUUCUAAGGCAGCCCCUUCAAAAACUAAGCCGUCAAGCGGUACCACUGAUGAUGCGUCAUCAUCAUCCUCGUCGUCGAGUACUCAGGAGCGCAGUGCAACAACUGACACUAAGCAAAGCACUGCAACUUCUUCAACGCUAAGUGCAAACUCUCACGAAUAUCAAACAGUCCGUACAUCAAGUGAAUCAGGCAACUGGGGAUGGGUUCAAAGUCCCGGAAAUGCUGCAAACAAUAACUCACCACAGGUCCCACUCUGGAUGAAUGCAAAAGAUGGUGCUCCUCCACCCAACUAUUCGCCAUCACCAGCCUUUGCUCCCCUUCCUCCACCGCCCUCAUCUCCAAAUCCUGACAUACUCGCAAGUCAACAGCCAACUCCACAGUUCGCUCCUCUCGUACCCGUCAUACCACCACCCAAAGCAGAUUUGCCAAUACCCUCAAGUGGCCCGACAGAGCCUGAUCAGACAAAACCCCAAAAACAGUCGUCCUCAUCAUCGAGUAAAGAGAAGGAAUCAUCUUCAGACGUAAGAAAACUUCAGUGA